GAAGGCUCUUUGCCUACACUUGAUAAACCUUUCUAAAACAAUCGUCUUCCUUUUUCUCUCGUCCAAAACCAAAAACAGCACCGUGGCCAUGGCGGUGAGGUCAAAGCAAGAUCCCUCUCCUGCUUUUGUAGAAACAAUACAAGAGAUCAUGAGACUUUACAGAUCCCUGCCGCCAAGGCCUUCAAUCGGGGAGGUGGAAGCAGCCAAGUCCGUCGUCAAAACUGUCGAGAACGAAGAAAAAAUCAAGCUUGAAGAGAUCUCGAAAGAACAACCCCCUGAAGAUGUCCCUGGGGAACUCUUCUCCGUCCUAAAACAGGUGAAAAAGACUAUGGUGUUGUUUAACAGCCACGAGCAAAAGAAAGAGGCCCUUCACUUGGUUGAAGCUGACAAGAUGUUUGAGACCUUCGAUGGGUUGAUUCAGAGGGCUUCUUCGCUGGUUUCCGGGGAGGCCCAGGAUGAAAAGAUUACUACUUUCGGGGAACAAGUAAGCAAAUUCGAUGGAGAAAGUGUUACUACUGAUGACAGUUUGGUGAAGAGAAAGGAAGAUGGUGAAUUGGAUAAAGAUGGUGCUAGGGGUUUGGUUAGAACUUCUUCUGCAAAGGCUUCUUUCUUUUCAGGUGAAAAUAGCAGUGAAAAACUAAACCUAAUGAAGACAGCAGCGCUUAUCGAAAAUACUGCUAGAACAGGAGGAGUGGUUCUUGAUCUUAGGGGCAAGUUGAUGGACCAGAUUGAGUGGCUUCCUGUAUCGAUUGGGAAAUUAAAGGAUGUAAGCGAAUUGGACUUAUCUGAAAACCGUAUUAUGGCGCUCCCACCCUCCAUUGGUGGCCUUCAGGCCUUGACAAAGCUUGAUCUUCACUCGAACCAACUUAUAAACCUCCCUGAUUCAGUUGGGGAACUUGUCAAUCUAAUAGAGCUUGAUCUCCGUGCGAACAGGUUAAAGUCACUGCCUGCUACUUUUGGGAACUUGACAAACCUCAUGAAUCUAGAUUUGAGUUCUAACGAGUUCACCCAUUUGCCAGAGACAAUUGGAAAUUUAAGCUCUUUGAAGAGACUUAUUGUCGAAACGAAUGAGCUCGAAGAACUUCCUUACACAAUAGGAAAUUGCUCUUCUUUAUCAGAGUUGAGAUUAGAUUUUAAUCAGAUAAAGGCUCUUCCCGAGGCGAUCGGGAAGCUCCAAUGCUUGGAGAUUCUUACUGUACACUAUAACAGGCUCAAAGGGUUGCCGACAACAAUGGGCAACCUUUCCAAUUUAAAGGAGCUUGAUGUAAGCUUCAACGAGAUUGAAUUCAUUCCCGAGAACCUCUGUUUUGCAGUAAAUCUGAGAAAAUUGUAUGUGGGGAAGAACUUUGCAGAUUUAAGAGCCUUACCGAGAUCAAUCGGAAACCUUGAGAUGCUUGAAGAGUUGGAUAUAAGUGACGACCAGAUCAGAGUUCUACCAGAUUCUUUUGGAUUAUUAUCGAAAUUGAGAGUUUUUCGGGCCGAUGAGACUCCAUUGGAAGUUCCACCAAGAGAAGUAAUCAAAUUGGGUGCCAAGGCUGUCGUCGAAUACAUGACUAAUCUGGUGGCCAAGAGGGAUACCGUGUCGGCACCGGCGAAGAAGGAGAAGAGUUUAUUCUUCAGGAUCUGCUUGAUUUGCUGGCCAUUCCGAACUGCGAAUGCGGAGAACGGGUAAGCUGUGAAUGUUCUACUAUAAAUGUGUUAUCCUGUAUAUAGAUCAAAACGUUUUGGUCUGUUUUCAAGAUGUGUUGUAAGUCAGUGUAAAUUAUGUGUGUUUCCUGAGCCUUACUGCUUUCAGGUUGUUUUCAUUUUCAAAUCCCAAGUGAAGAACUUUACAAAUGUAAAUCUUUUGGCGUC